ACUGAUUGGAUGAUUGGAUACACCUGACUACCUGCAGUCCCAACCCCAGCUGACACACAUGGCGACGGUUUACGUUUUCCGAAAAUUUCACAGAAAACUAUAGUUGGGUUUUAACAUGUUCCAAACAGUAUGUGCACAUUGUCUUUUAAUUGUUGCUGCCUUCCUCACGGUGAGCUGCCUUGACAAUGAAAAUGUGGCCAGACAAGAUGUCCAGAGUGAGGGAAAUGGUCCAGUUUGCACUUUAGAAACGUUUGAUUUCCCCUUUCUUAACUCCACCAAUAUGACCAAUUUUGCCUACGGAAUUGCUGCAAAUGUGGUUGCUGUGCUUUUAUAUGGAAGCAACUUUGUUCCUGUCAAAAGAAUAGAGACGGGGGAUGGCAUGUUUUUCCAGUGGGUAAACUGUGCAGCCAUAUGGGUUGUAGCUAAGUUUGGAGACCUGAUGCUUCACUCACCCAAAUUCCAUCCUUUUGCAAUGCUUGGAGGUGUGAUCUGGGCUACAGGUAAUAUCACAGUUGUUCCAAUAGUGAAAGCGAUCGGUCUCGGCCUUGGGAUUUUAAUUUGGGGAUCCAGCAGUUUGUUGAUGGGCUGGGCCAGUUCAAGGUUUGGGUGGUUCGGGAUUACUGCCCAGGAUGUUUCCAGGCCAAUAUUAAACUACUGUGGAGCCGGUUUGUGUCUGCUCAGUGGCCUGAUUUUUUUCUUUGUGAAAACUGACGUGCAGACGCAUCCCAGCUCUGAAUCGACCCCAUUACUCAUUGAUAGGAGAAUAAACUCGGACAGCUAUGGCCCAAGUUCCUCAGAGUUCUGGAUAGACAAUGUCGGACCAAAGACCAGGCGCUUCAUCGGUUGCCUGCUCGCUGUUGUGUCUGGCCUGAUGUAUGGAUCCUCCUUCGCUCCCAUCCUUUACAUUAAGAGCCACUCGUCGUACCAUGACAGUAUGUUCCACGGAGCCAGUCUCUACGACAUCGACUAUGUUUAUGCACAGUGCUCGGGCAUUUUCCUCACAAGCACCGUGUACUUUGUCAUCUACUGCGCUGCCAUGAAUAACAGGCCCAGGGUUUACUCAGCCGCCAUCCUGCCAGCUCUAUUAUCUGGCCUGAUGUGGACAGUAGCAACAUAUUGCUGGUUCCAGGCUAAUAACUACCUGAGCGCUGUCAUUACCUUUCCAAUGAUCACUGCAGGAUACGGUCUGGUUGCAGCACUCUGGGGAUCUUUGGUUUUCAGGGAGAUUAAGGGUUUCGUCAACUGCUUCAUCUUCAUCCUGGCCUCCUGCGUUGUGUUGACUGGCUCAGUGCUGACUGCUGUCUCAAAGCUCUAAUGGUGUACCUCACCAUCAUGGCAAACCUUAACACCUCAUUUUGUGUGUGUGCGUAUGAUUUUUCACGUGUUCUUCAGUUGCAGUUGAACAAUUAAUUUCUCCUCAUGCAUCCACUAGGGAUUUAAAAUCAUACCUUUGACUUUCAAGCCCAGACUCAAAUGAAUGAAUCACAAGAAAAAGUAAGGUCACUUCAGUUAACCCUUGAGAAGCUUUUGGAGAUGCAAAGUUUUCACUAGACAGCAAUCAUGUGCUGUGCUACCAGUAGGUGGCAGCGUCACAUAGGAACGCUGUAAUCUCUAGUUGAAAAGAGAUGAGAGAUCUGCUGAUGGUUCAUGUAUGUAUGUUCAUGUUAAAAUUGUCUUAUGUUGUGUGCUGUGGGUUUCAUAGUUGUUAAUAGCGUGCUCAUACUUGAAGUUUAAUGUUACUGUUACUCCUUCUUUGCAAGUUUUGGGGCAUUUAACACUUUUUCAAGAUGCACUGUACCAUAAAAGAAUACUGCACGUUUCGAGAGAUUGUGCUCAGCCAUGGUGUUUGGACUUGACACGCUGCUUUUGUAUUAUUUAAAGAAAAGUCAAUGUCGAUAUUAAAAUGAAAUGUUUGAGAAGUC